CUCCAACAUUUCGCCGAUCAUUAAUGGGUUCGUCUUCAUCUUUCUCCUCCUCCUCGAAGCUUCUCUUUCGUCAACUCUUUGAGAAAGAAUCUUCCACCUUUACUUAUCUUCUCGCCGACGUUUCUCAUCAGCUUUGGUAUUUGAUUGAUCCGGUGGACAAGACUGUUGAUAGAGACUUGCAGCUGAUAGAUGAGUUAGGCUUAAAGCUUAUCUAUGCUAUGAACACUCAUGUUCAUGCUGAUCAUGUCACUGGAACUGGACUUCUUAAGACGAAGCUCCCGGGUGUGAAAUCCGUAUGUGUUACAUAUGUGACUGGAGAAGAGGCAGAUCAGCCCAACCAAGAAUGGCUUUUACCGGGGAUGCUGUACUCAUCCGUGGUUGUGGGAGGACUGACUUUCAGGGUGGAAGCUCUGAUCAACUCUACGAGUCUGUACAUUCACAGGCAAAUAUUUACACUGCCAGAAGACACAUUGAUCUAUCCAGCUCAUGACUACAAAGGAUUCGAGGUAAGUACAGUUGGAGAAGAGAUGCAACACAACCCGCGUCUAACUAAAGAUAAAGAAACAUUCAAAACCAUUAUGUCAAAUCUGAAUCUGUCGUAUCCGAAGAUGAUUGAUGUUGCAGUACCAGCAAAUAUGGUAUGUGGGUUACAAGAUGUGCCUUCUCAAGCCAACUAAAAACUCCUACACGAUAUGUUUGUCUCUUUAUCUACGCCAUUCUAUAUUUACCAAAGCCAAUAAGUUCAUUAGAAGAUUGUGUAAAUUAGAUUGAACAUGUGGAAUUUGUUAUGAAGAUGAAGACAGUAUUUGCGUGUUCAACUUUUGUUUGGUUUGCUGAUUGAUGUGUCAACUACUUUUCAAUUAACAUAAUCUACAUGA